AUGUCGUCCUUGCCGCCGCCGCCGGAGCAGCCACACGCGGGGUCGUCGUCGGGGGAGGAGACGAAGUACAAGGGCGUGCGGCGGCGCAAGUGGGGCAGGUGGGCGUCGGAGAUCCGCCUGCCCAACAGCCGCGAGCGGAUAUGGCUCGGAUCCUACGACACGCCGGAGAAGGCGGCGCGGGCGUUCGACGGGGCGGCCGUGUGCCUCCGCGGCCCGGGCGGCGCCGACGGGCUCAACUUCCCGGGCUCGCCGCCCGCUGUCGCUGGUCUCACCACCGACCCGGAGGAGGUGCGCGCGGCCGCAAUGUCACACGCAAACAAGGUCCCCACCAGCUUCACCGGAGCUCCGUCGUCGGAGGUAACCGAGUGGGCGGGAACUGCGGCGGUGCCUGCCCCGGCCCCGCUUCAGGUGUCCACGGAGACCUUCGACUGGUCGGAGCUCAUGGCCAACCCACCGCCGCUCUUCUCACCGACCGUGGUGGGAAGCCAUGCGCACCUGCCGGCGGAGUCGCUGACGCCAGCGACGGACGUGUACAUGGAUGAGACCGAAAGUGACUCGUGCCCGGGCCUUUGGAGUUUUGAUUCUGGUGAUGCUCCCUGA